AUGAACGAAGCAAUCUCCACAAACCCUGUGCUGGUUUUAGGCAGGGACGAGGACCUGCGCUUCAGCGUGUACCGGGACGUGGAGCGCACCCAGCCGCGCAGGAGGAACCGCAGGCUCCUGGUCUCAGAAACCGAAAGGCUUUCCUAUGUGGGGAAUAACUUUGGCAGUGGUGUUAUGAAGUGCAAUUCCCUUUGCAGGUACUUCAUUGGUGUGUUAGACAAGGAUACCGGGCAAAUGGACGUCUACAAUGCUGAAUUGUUCAACAUGCAGCCAUGGUUGUCAGAUAACUUAGUAGCUGAUGAAAGAGAGGAUUAUCAGAAUAAGUCCUACAGGGAGAAGAUGGAUUUGUGCAUUGAGGCUUUUGGUACCAGCAAGCAGAAGCGAGCCCUGAGCUCUCGGCGAAUGAAUGCAGUGGGGAGUGACAUCCUGAGCACAGCAGUCACAAAAGCAGCAGCAAACAUUAUAGACACAAAGGGAAUAACUGCUUUGAUCGAGGAUGUGGCCCAAGAUGACGUACAGAACAUUUCUAUCUUCCUGCCUCCAUGUCAUGAAGAUGCUGACAAACCAGAAGAUGUCUACAAAUUUGAGGACAUUCUCUCCCCUGCAGAGUAUGAAGCGCUGCGGGUUCCAGCAGAAGUCUUCAUUAACAUAACUCCAGAGGAAAUCAUUAAGAAAACAGAAGAGAAAAGCUAUUGCUCCUUUGUUCUGGAGGAGCUGAAGUUCUUGCCUCCUGAUGAGAAGAGCAGGGAUCACAAAGCCCGAUGCCUCUGGUUCCUAGAUAUUCUUAUUAAGUUCAGCUUCCUGAAAGUGAUCAAGAAGAAACAUCCAAUGGGCCCUGAAUGUCCACACAUCAUUAGCAGGAAACUCAUGAAGAAUUUCACUCUACUGACCUAUAACAAUGGCAGCAUCCAGAAUUUAAUCUCUGCAUCCAUGAAGGCUAAAAUCACAGCAUACGUCAUUGCACUGGCUCUGCACAUUAACAACUUCCAAACAGACCUUACUGUCCUGCAAAAUGACAUGAAGCUUCAAGAAAGCAGGAUGAUGGACAUUGCCAAGGCCAUGCGGUUAAAGGUCUCUAAAACAAAGGGGCCUCCAGAACUUGAGCCGGACCAGAACCACAAGCUGGCAACUCUUUAA